AUGAGUGCACCACGUGCGAUACCUCAAGACAUCCCUUUCCUACCGUCAUCCGCAGCAAACACCAGCCAUGGCCCAAGCCCGCUUGCUUCCCCGCCGCAUCAACGAGGCCAUUCCCGUUCGAUAAGCCAUCCCUUCAACCAUAACCUCUUCUCGGGGAUAACCAAACGGCGCAACCAGUCGAUCUCGACAAAGGACUUUUUGGAUUCCGACGAUGAUGACGAGGUUACCUUUACGCCGGUUCCGCUUUCUUCGAGUCCCCGGAAACCGCUGCCUCGUCCGCCGCCUGGUGGGGAGGAGUUGAUCACGGGAAGGUGCAUGACAUGUAGUACGACAGUGCGGUGGCCUAAUAACCUUAAGACGUUUCGGUGCACGGAGUGUUUGAUGGUGAAUGACCUUGAGCCGUACAAGGAGUCGGGCGAUGCUGGUCCUGGGAAGGAUGGGAAACCGGCUGUUCCUAGGAAAGCACUUCCGUUGUCUAUCGAUCGAACGAAAGGCAUCAUCGACAAUUGCGUCUCGAGUUACCUUCGGCGGAUUCUGGAGCCUGAGACGAGGGCACCUCCGAUUGGAAAUCUGAACGGCAAACCUUUGUUUGAUAGACGACAGUCACCAAGUCGGGAUCCUGGUCCAACCCGCCCCCGAGGACUCACUAGUAAUGUGCCGGUAAAACCCAAGGACGGGACGCACGGAUCUAGCUACCCAACCUCUUAUCUGUCUCCACUCUCUAGUCACGGGGACUCUCAACCACGAGGUCGUUCCAACUCAGAUGUGCAAAGUGCAUCGAAACCAGGUCGCUCGCGAGACGCCAAAGACCACACGAGUCGCCCGUCGAUUUUCAAGCCGCUCGAGGAUUACAUUAUCACUUCGUUCAAAGGCUGCGACUGUCUGAACGCAUCCUUUAUCACAUUACCACCACAACCACCUUCGCGUCCAGCUGGUGAAAGUGGCCCCGCAAAACCGGUUCCCGAAUCGAGCACUGUUCCAAAUCCUCAAACUCAGGCGUCGUUUGAGCCUGAUGCAAAGACGCUUCUCCUUGGAGAUUUGGCAGAGAAUUCAUCUUGGUGGAUGCAUGACGGCGCUCGAGCUAAUGGCUACGGUGCACCUUCGAAAGAGAAGUCUUCCAGCUUGUAUCGACUGGUUAGCUCCAGGACUCCUCGAAUCAAUUGGGCGGAGGUUUCACAAUGGUACCACUUGAUCAUGACGGCCGGAACGUCAUGGGUAGAGCAAUGGUCGGCUAUGCAACCGACGGCAACGGACGAGGACGAUGCUGUAAGGAAGAAGAGAUGGGAAUCCAUGGAUCUGGUCUUUGUCGAACGGGAAGUUUCUGAAGCACGGUACCAUCUGCAAAGGGCUCUACUCAAGACCACAGAGAAUCUUCUUAAACGACCACGCCGACCAUUAAAGAAGGCGGAGGAGACCCGGGUUUUGCUCAUACUUUUGGCAAAUCCUCUUUUGCACUCAUCCACAUCCCCAUCAGGACCAACCUCCACGUCAUAUAGGGAUGAACGGAGACCAUCCAGCAGCAAAGAUCCUCAAAGGCUGGGGCCUCCUGAUCCGAAGCAGUCUUCCCGUAAAGACCCGUCAAGGCAUCGGAGCCAGGGCCCUGGUCAGCAUUCAGGUAUCGUCAAGCGGAUAUUGGGCUUGAUGGCCAAUCUACCCAAUGAUUGUCAUCAUUACCUGGUCUCGUGGUUCUCACGUUUCUCGGCGGGGCAGUUCGAGAAACUUGUCGAGCUCAUAGGCAGUUUUGUCACCUAUCGCUUGACCCGUCAGCACGGACGUAAGCGCAGUGAGUCUGUUAAGAACGAUAACAAUAGUUUGAUCCCCAGCUUCUCCAGUCCCAAUGGAAAUACACCGGCAGAACUGCACGCUGCCAUCAAUGGGAGAAACCAGAACAAGUCAGGAAACGAUAAGAAAGACCAACCAAUGCUGUAUGGGGACGAUUGGCAAAUUCGAGUGGCAGCAAGGAUUAUGUCGUUACUGUUUACAGCGAACCAUACGCAUCGAAGGCCCGAAAAUCAAGAUGCGGAUAGUGCGAGCAAGAACCAACCCAGUCGUCGUGGCCAUAUCAUUCCCAUCAGUUCAUUCUACAAUACGCUACUGGACUACUCUGAUUUGGUGGCGGACUUUGAGGCUUGGGAGACCAAAAUGUCCAAGUUCUCGUUCUGCCAGUAUCCGUUCUUCCUCAGCAUCUGGGCUAAGAUUCACAUCAUGGAAUAUGAUGCACGUCGCCAGAUGGAGGUAAAAGCGCGCGAGGCCUUCUUUAAUAGCAUUUUGAGCCGAAAAGCCGUCAGUCAGUUUCUAGUACUGAAGGUACGACGGGACUGUCUGGUAGAAGACAGCCUUCGCAGCGUCAGUGAAGUCGUAUGGUCAGCUCAGGAGGAGGUAAAGAAGGGGCUGCGGAUUGAAUUCAUUGGUGAGGAAGGUGUGGAUGCUGGAGGUCUCCGUAAAGAAUGGUUUUUACUUUUGGUCCGGGAGGUGUUUGAUCCUAACCAUGGGCUCUUCAUUUAUGAUGAGGACUCCAAGUACUGCUACUUCAACCCGUGCUGCUUCGAAUCGUCUGAGCAAUUCUUCUUGGUCGGUGUUUUGCUGGGACUGGCCAUCUACAACUCAACUAUCUUGGAUGUUCCUCUCCCGCCAUUCGCUUUCAAGAGGCUUUUGGCAGGCGCCCCGCAGCCGAGCGGAACAAACCCACCACCGACUUCAACGCCAUCGCGGUCCAGCUAUAAGUGUACGUUAGAUGAUCUAGCGGAAUAUCGGCCGGCUCUGGCGAGGGGUCUUCGCUCUUUGUUGGAUUUCGAAGGCGAUGUGGCCGAGACGUUUUGCCGCGACUUUGUCGCGCAAGUUGACCGCUACGGGGAAGCCGUCGAGGUCCCUCUCUGCCCUGGAGGUGAGAAGCGGCCGGUGACCAAUGCGAAUCGACGGGAGUUUGUAGACCUCUACGUGCAGUAUCUUCUUGACACCGCUGUGACUCGACAGUUCCAGCCUUUCCGGCGCGGAUUCUUUACGGUCUGCGGGGGCAAUGCGCUCUCCCUCUUCCGGCCCGAGGAGAUUGAACUUUUGGUGCGUGGAUCAGAAGAACCCUUGGAUGUGACUUCACUCCGGGCUGUUGCCACAUACGAUAACUGGCCGGCAAAACAGCCGGAAUUAGAGCCCGUGGUGCAAUGGUUUUGGGAAUUCUUUGAACAGACGCAACCGUCCGCGCAACGGAAACUCCUAUCAUUCAUCACGGGCAGUGACCGAAUCCCGGCGAUGGGAGCGACAAGUCUGAACAUCCGACUGGCAUGUCUGGGAGAAGAUUCGCCCCGGUAUCCGGUGGCACGGACAUGUUUCAAUAUGCUGGGGUUGUACCGGUAUCCCACGCGGGAGAAGUUGGAGCGGAUGUUGUGGGAAGCAGUAAUUUACAGUGAGGGAUUUGGACUGAAGUGA